AUGGCGAUUCCGUUUAACUUGCCGUCUGAAGACGAAGCCGAUGCGCAGAGCCAACAGCUAGAGCAGCUGAUGCUGGACCUCUACGCGGCACUGCAACAGGUCCUCAGGAGUAGGAGUGCUCAGCAUCCCUCUCGCAAUCACCGUCUGCCAAGGCGAGGAGGAGAGACGGGAGCGAGUCGUGACCACCCGAUCGUGCUGAUAGACUCGGACCUGUCGCGUCUACCGCUCCCGGACCUGGUGCUGUCGGCGGUCCAGCAGCUGCCGUCGCCUGAGCCCCAAGUGACCGUCUCGGCGCCGAGCAGCCCGACGCGGGACGCGGCCUUCCAGUUCCCCGAGUGCAGCGCGCCAGUGCCCAGCCCGAGGCCGCGGCCGCGGCGACGAAGGCUCACGUCUGAGAGCUCUGUCCUCGAAAAGGGCGCCACCAGCAGGUCUGACAGCAUUUCCACCGCCUGCUGCAGACAUCUCGGGCACUCGUGCAAUGAGCGCGAGUGGGCGAGUGUUGGCGCCAAUCUUAGAAAUAUUGCCGACGAUUUUCACGCUUCUAAGAAUAAGGAUGCAGAGAUUGAAAAAUCGAGAUUGCCAUUUUUCGGCGCUGGAUUCCCGAGUGUGACAACAACUACACCGUCAUCGGACAGCUUUUUGUCAAUGUUAAUCCCGGCGCCUCUGCGAGAGACACUCUGGACAACAGUGGCUCUGUACCUGGGUUGGAGAUUGGUCUCCCGUCUGCGAUAG